UCCCCCUCGAUUUCCCCACAGCGCACGCAGUUGACGGGACGACACGAACCCGAGCGAGCACCAAGAACAAGGAAUCCGUCCUGGUGCCCCAGCAGCGCAGGCCCUUGGCGGGAUGACGAGAACCGGAUCAAGCGCCAAGAACAAGGAAUCCGUCCAGACCGAGAUCGACAUGGAAUCGAAGAGGUCGUCAACGGCGGCGGGGCACAUCGCUGACCUCCCCGAGCAGAUCUGGUGGGCAAUCCUCGAGCGACUCCCGCCCAAGUCAGUCCUGCGAUUUCGUGCUGUCUGCAAAUCUUGGCUCAACUGCAUCAGCAACAACAAUUUCCUCGAAGAAUACCAUGGGCGCCAAAAGCCACAGCACCUGAUCGUCCCAGUCGAUCCAGACAACACCAGGCAUAAGAUGAGUCACCGUGUAGAUGCUGUUGAUUUCCAGCACCCCAAGGACGGUUUCCGCUCCAUAAUCAGCUUCACCAGCUUUGGAGUAUUUGAGGUCUUUGAUCCAGAUGAAGAAACCGCAGAGCAUCUAAUGUCUGCCGUACAGGGCUCAAUUGGAGGCCUCCUCCUCGUCUCCUUCGAGCACAGGUGCUAUAUCUGCAACCCAGGUACAAAAGAAUCACGCCGCCUCCCACAGCUGGAUGACCAUGAAAUCUUGGGACUGUACAUGCUGGGCGAUGAGUUUAGGGUCCUCUAUCUCAAGGAAGAUGAGGAGGGUGAUGCCGAAUUCUUCGUCCUGUCAGUGCAUCAAUCUCUUAGCAAUAAAUCCAUUGGGUACUGCCCUGUGUCGCCCGCGGCGAAUCUGCCAGAAAUUGAUGGACCGAAGAAGCUGGGGUUCAGCCUGCAGAGUUCGGCAAUUGAGCCGCCUGCCAUGGUCGGGGCCAACCUUUAUUGGGCACCGUUGGAGCUGUGGCCACGGGAAAUUACAGUUUUUGAUUACCAGUCUGAGCUUUUUCACUGGAUGAAGCUUCCCAAGACCAAGGAGCGCUCCAAGAGCAACACCAACAAUACGAUGAAGGUUCUUGAGUUGGACGGCGAGUUGGGGUUGUCUCUUCACAGGAGGGGUGAAUCAAGUGUUGAGCUAUGGGUAUUAGAUUCUCUGAAGAUGUGGGAGCUCAAACACAGUAUUCAGUUGCCGGUUGCAGAUAUCACUGUAUUUGGAGCACAUACCUGGGAUCCCUUUCUUAUGUCCAUGGAUGGAGGUGUGAUCGUAAGGUGCGUGUCCCAGGGCCAGGGCCAGGGAGGGGAAGGCCAACAAGGCACUCAGGCGCUCCUGUACUGCAACAGACACGGAGAGCUAGCGCCUGGACCACUGUUCGUAGGCGAUUUGGCUGCGCCUGCCAUACACCUAUUCAAGCAAAGCAUUAGGCGACAUGCCCUGUUCCAGGGGCAUCAGCAAGAUGCUACGUCUCCCUUGUCACUCUUCCGGGACCUCUAGAUCAGCAACCUUUCAGAGAGAUUCAGCCUGCUGCCAGGUGAUUUGCUUGCACCUGCUCCAGGAAAGUAUUAUGCGACAUGAUAUGUUUCCAGGUGCAUAAGGAGGAGGAUGCUGUUUCACCACUGCUUCAGGAUUUGCAGAUCACAGCUCCUACUUGCCGUGCUUUCUUGUAUAUUGGGCCCUCUGAUGCUGAUGUCUCACUAAUGUUCCAAGAUCUGUAGAUUAGAGCUUGUGCCUGUCAAUGUAUUUUUUGGAGAUUGACCCUGCACAUGAUUUCCUUUCUGAAUAUCCCUGUAUUGUAAUUGCAACGUCUAGAGUUGACAUUCAAACUGAUUAGCUUUUCUUA